CGACUGUCACCAUCUGGUAUCCAGGCAGCAUGCAAAUCAAAGCCCUUACUGUCGUGCUCGCGACGUUGUUCGCCCUCGGUCCAGGCCAGGCGUUGGGCGCCCAAGUGCCUAUGUCGGGCGGGCGGCUCGCAGACACCAAGGUUCCUGUCCUGCUGGGCGUCAUGAGCGCAUGCCCGGAUGCGUUGGUCUGCGAAUCGGUCUUCAACCACGUUAUCCAACGAGUUGGAGAUAAGGUUGACCUUUCUCUUACAUUCAUCGGAACACCUAAUGCUUCCGAGCCCGACUUUGGCGUCACUUGCAUGCACGGUGCGGUCGAAUGUGCCGGCAACGUGCAGGAACUCUGUGCUAUGAAAUACACGGAACGCUCUAUGUGGUGGAGGUUUAUCCAAUGCCAGAACUUUAAGGGUCGAGAUGAAGUAGGGAAGCCUGAGACAGCGCUGAAGUGCGCCAAAGCUGUCGACAUCGAUUGGGAAAACAGCGACGUGGGACAAUGUGCCGGAACAGAUGGGAGCGGUAAAGGGGAGGAAGGCGUACAAUUACUGCUCGAGAGUGUCAAGAACACGACAAAUUUGGGAAUUGAGAAGAGCUGCACGGUCCUCAUAAGCGGUAAGCAAGUCUGCAUCCGCGAUGGGACAUGGAAGGCGUGUGAGGGUGGGCAUGCACCAGAAGACUUCAUCCGGCAGAUCAACGAGGAGUACACGCGACUGAAUACUGCUAGCUCUGGCAUGGAAUGAACAAAGAUAGCAUGUUCAGACGUCGCUUCCAAUCUCAAGCGUAAUGUGUAGCAUUUAGCGUCCCCAGAAGAGCUCGUAUAGUAUGAUCACUAGGUUCACUGAUAUCAGAGGUAUUCUCAUCAAAGUUCUUACCGCACUAAUCAGGUUGAUGAGCCGCGCCUUCACGCCAAUAUCCUGCCCCGCCAGCCCGGUCUGGUCGUACGGCUGCGCAUAUGGUUGCGCAUAUCCGGAAUGUUGAGCCUGGACCUGCGUAGAUGCCCAGCCAAUUCGUGCGAGGAACCUGUCCUCACUGAGGACCGCCAUGGCGUUUACGAGGAGCAAGGCGACGUAGAGAAUCGACCCGAGCGUGAGCAUUCUGAUUACGUGCGACAAAAGGCGAUGGUAGUUUAGAGCAAGACCACUCAAGGCCUGCGGAGGUCGG